AGCCCAAUUGGUUGCACAUUCGUUCAUUUGGGACAAUAAGCCAAAAUGAAAAUUACAUCAAGGACCAUCCUAGCUGUGAUGUUUCUCUCAUGCUGCCUACAGUCAACCUACGCACAGUCACCGGCACUGACGGAAUUUAUGAGCUACUUUAUAGGACUGGAGAAGAACAAACCGAUCGACUGGCAAACCACUCUGUACUUCCUCUUUACUGGUCAACUCGACCCGAAAUGUUACAACCAAGCCUAUACUGUGCACAAUGACACUAUACUGGCCAAGUCGUACGCUGGAAUUAUGGUGGACAGUACAGGAAAACUGACCCCAUCAGGGCUGUUCCAAGGCAACUGGCAGGAACUAGGCGACUACAGGGAAUGUACAGUAGAUGCUAAAAAUGCCUGGGACAGGCCUGAAGACAUUGAACCCAUGUACUGCCUGGUGCUGUGGGGAGGGAUACCAGCGGAGCUUUCAGCCUACACCCCGUACUACACACAGGGCGUUUGUGUUCCCAAAUCCUGCAGUGACCGUGCGGUAGGAAAUCUAACAUGGACAGGAUGA